GGCGCCGCCGCCGCCGCCGAGGGGCAGGACGAGCCGCGGGACGGGGACGAAGAGGAGGAGGAGGAGGAGGAAGAGUGCGAGGAGUACGAGGACUUCUCGGAGCUGCCCGACACGUGCAGCAUCGCCUCGGACGACUCGUUCUACCCGCCGGGCGGGCCCGAGGACGAGGACGAGUGCGGCUGGUCGCUGGGCCGCGAGAGCCCCGAGAGCCCCGAGGCGCUGAGCCUCUUCCGCGCCUGCUGCGCCAACAACGCCGUGGUGCUGCGCGCCCUGCUGCGCCAGGGCCCCGAGGAGCACGAGGUGCGCGAGACCGACCGCAACCGGCGGAACGGUCUUAUCGUUGCCUGUUACCAAGGUUAUGUGGAUAUUGUAAUAGCCUUAGCUCAAUGCCCUCAUCUUGAUGUAAACUGGCAGGACAACGAAGGGAACACGGCUCUGAUCACGGCUGCACAGGCAGGACACAUAACCAUUACAAACUAUCUGUUGAACUAUUAUCCUGGACUUGAUAUUGAGAAGAGGAAUGUGUUUGGAUUUACCGCCCUCAUGAAGUCUGCGAUGCAGGGCCGCACUGAGUGUAUCAGAGCCUUGAUGCUGGCAGGGGCGAAUGUUCAUGCAACAGAUCCAAGCCGUGGACUGACCUCGUGGGAAUGGGCUUGUUACACGGGAAGGUCGGAAUCUGCCUACAUCAUGCAAAAGCUGAUGGACAGGCCAUGCCCAGAGCAGUUUUGUGAUCAAUAUAAGCCAGAAUGGCCAAAGAUGAAGGAACUUCUUGCCAAGGCUGCGGAGCCAAAGAGCUGCUUGCAGAGGGUUACGGAGUGCAUGAGAUCUGCGGUCUCAUUCCGGUCUUUCCGUGGCCCAGAAGAAGACGGGGUCCUUGAUCACAUGGUCCGCGUGACGACAAGCCUGGGCAGCCCCUUUAUUGCCCUGUCCUGCAGGACCGUGUGCCCGGGCAGCCCUCCCGCGGUGGGCAAGCGCAGGCUGGCCGUGCAGGAGAUCCUGCGGAAGCAGCGAGCCGAGCAGAUCCGCUCCCAGGACAAAGACCACGUGAGCAGCUACGAGAGGCUCUUCCAGAACUCCAAAGUGACGCUGGUCCGCAAGAAGAGGGACCGGCGGGCCAGCCUGCAGCCCGGCAGCCUGGCGGUGCCGCCCGUGAGCACGGUGGCCCUGCGCAAGGCCAGCCUCCUGCCGCUGCACCUGCUGCGGCGCUCCAGCGUGCGCCCGGGCUUCGUCAUCCCCAAGGUGCGCGUGAGCAAGGCGCCGCCGGCCACCUUCCAGCCCGAGAGCGCCAGGCGCCGCAGCAGCGCCAAGGACGACCCCUACCUGCAGAUUCCCAAGUGGAGGUACAAGGAGCUGAAAGAGGAGCGGAAGAAGGCGGAGGAUGUGGAGCGGAGGAGAGCGGCGGAGGCUCAGAAGCACAGGCAGGCGUCUCCGGCCAGGUGCAGGACCUGA